AUGUCUGAUAGCGCUGUUUACGCUGUAUUUGAACCUACAGAAGCUCAUCUACUAUCGACACUUCCUCAGGCCAAACUCUUAGUCGACAAUCCUAUCUUAGCCUCGGCAUUGGCGAACAUCUUCCCAUACAUCCUCUUUAUUGAUGACUUCUUAGAAGUGGUGACCUGGACAAACGACAAUCCUUACAAAAACUUGCUACUAGUAUCCGCUUACUCAGUCCUUUGGCUCUAUUGGUCAAAAUUCAGACUAUGGAUAAUUCCAAUUCUGGCAGUCUUGGCCUUUCUGAGUUUGGUGUGGACCACCAGCUCUGUGAUAUAUGAUUCGAAGUUCAAUGAGAAGCCCACCGUCGAUGAGGUUUUGAGAGCGCUUCAUAAUAUUACCGUGAGGUUUGAGCUCCUUCUCCGUCCGGCCAAACAUCUCAGUCUUCAGAAAAAGAACUAUGUGACCAUGGCAGUAGGAGCUUUGCUAAUAACCCCACUCCAUUUGGCCGUGAUGAAAUGGAUAUUGCUGCCCCAAACAUACGUCUGGUGGAUUGGAGUGUUCGUGCUUACAUAUCAUUCACCAUUCGCGUAUGCGUCGCGGAGGUUGCUCUGGAGAUCUGCGUACGUCAGGAGAUGUACCUACUGGCUCACCGGCCUCAAGAUCAGACUUGAUCGUGGAGAAGUGUCUACGAAACGGGCACAUGAGACAAUAUCUAGAGCCCAUACUCCUAACUCUGCUGAUGUCCAGAAAUCUCUGGAUUUGGUUCCUAUACCGAAUAAGGCCGAGAUGGUAAAUGACUUUACCAUUACGCAGAAGACUAUUCUAUCAUCUACACAAUUGAGGCAGUCGGUUCGCUUUGACAUAUUAGAGAACGAGAGACGUUGGAUUGGGCUUGGCUGGUCCAAGUACCUAUUACCCAACGAGCGUUCUUGUUUUUGCUAUGAAGCGCUGAUGGCGCCGGCUCCUGAUCCUAACGCCAGUAGACAUUUCAGAUUCCCAGUUUUCGCAGACGAUUUAUACACAUACCAAUGGCAAUGGAUGGAUGAGGAAUGGCACUUGGAUUCUGACUUUGAUCGCGGCAAAGACAAAGAAGGUUGGGUUUAUUAUGACAACAAUUGGGAUUUACCUCGCUACUACGAUGGCUUUUCUAGAUACACCAGAGCCAGAAAAUGGACUAGGAGGGCCAUUCUUCUUAUCGACAAAAGAUCAGAAGUCAAUGAUGCAUGA